AUGGAGCAAGAACUGCCGUCUCUUUUCGAACUUUGUCGCUGUUCCAUCGCUAUUCAACUUUUCAAGGUUUUUUUUUUCAAAAUUAAUCAAAUUUUAAAAUAACUUCCUGUUUGGUUCUUUUGGCGCUGUCGAAAACUCCUUAAUAUAUCUGAUUCACGGUUAGCUUGGGACGCUAAGGGGCGUAUUCUCUCUGCACUCUCCACGAUCCAGGCAUUAUCUCGUGCAUUAUCGUGUCAGGACCCUUUUUCCGAUGGCUCAAGCCAGCCGUGAAUCAGCUAUAAUAGAUUUAACUUUUUUUUUGGUCAGAUUAAUGUUCGCUGGAGACGUCUGACAGAUGUCGCCUUUUCUCUGCGCGAUAUUAUCGAGGAAAUGCGGCUGUCGUUGAAAAUAAGUUUGGUUGUCCGAGAAGCUCUGGCGCAAGCUCUCAAAGAGGUUAAGCGAUGGGGUAAGAAAACUAGGUUCGAUACAGCUGAUUCACGGGUGGCUCGAGCCAUCGAAAAAAGGGACCUCUUGUGAUAUUAGAAGAAACAGUACCUGGUUGAUGAAGAGUGCAGUCAAGCCACGCCCUUUUGUGCCCAAGCUAACUCUGAAUCAGCUGUUGAGGUAGUUGAUUCUCCAAUUUCAGAUGGCAAGCAUUCGGAAAUGUUUUUGAACGACGCCAAGAAAAGAGCUAUGAGCAAAAAUGAACACCUUCGUACUUUCUACGAACAUCUUGUGUGGAAAAGAUACAAGUAAGAGGGGAAAAAACUGAUAUUUGACGAUUCUUGAAGAAUCGAGAUUGAUGACGUAGCGACGGCACGAUAUCUGAUAAAAGUCGAGUGUCGCAACUGGCCACUGAUGCAGUUCCAGUUCGCAUGUCUGUAUGCAGAAGUAGAAAUGCUCAACGACGACUUCCGCUUCGACAAGUAUCGCCGAGCAACCUUCAAGUUUUCUAUUAACAUGAGAUAACUUUUGUUUUAAAAGUUAUAGAAAACAGUUGUCUGAUCACCCAGCUUAUGAUUUUUGGUUGACUCUCAUGGAAAGCCGUCACGAACUUUUCUUCGAAACAGGUUUUUUUUUUUCUGCUUUCGUUAGAAUUAAAUUUUGAAGAACGACGUUUGCCCAACCAAAAGCUCACUCAAUGUCUCAUAUUUGCCAUCCGCAACGGCUUCAUGCAGCUCAUGGAGUUCAUCUGGACACGAAUCGGAGACCGCCAUCGCGAGUCUGUCGGUGAGUCCGACCGAAAGAGACUACUCCGUCUGCAUCUGCAGGCCUUCUCGAGCUGCGCGCGAUGCUUUUCCGUGCAAGAGACGGACAAACGAUGCGAUUCUUGUGCGAGGAGCUUUGCAGGUUUUAUUUUCCUUUUUUCGCCUUUUCAUUGAUUAAUUGGAGCAACUUAUUUUGGCUUCAGGAUGAAUCCAGUUGGGGUUUCUCGUAUUGCCUGGACCGCAUUUUUCGAUACUUUCCAUCGUAUGCUCCACGUUUGGCUACUCUCUCGCUUUUUUUAAUCACAAUAUGUUUUCAGGAAGAGAAAAGUGAUGUGGUUGUACAAAAUCAGUUCAAGAACAAGUUUGAGUUUCUUCUCCGGAACAGCUGUCCAACGUUGAAGAAUCGGUUACUGAAAAUGGAAAACUACAGGUUCACAAGAUUCGGAGAACCUUGUUAAAAUAUGAGUUUAGAUUAAUAUGUGACGCAUUCCGGUACAACUUAACUGAAACAUUUGCCAUGAUGCUCGAAGCGAUGAGCCCAGAAGAAGUCGCUACGGCGAGGUCACCAAAAUCCCCUGUUUUUCUUUUCAUUUUUCAAAUUUAAAAUUGACAGAUUCUUAGGAAUUAAUAUUUUUAUAAGAUACAAUUUUAUCCUCUCCAGAGAAAAUGAUCUGCCAAAUUAUGGAUUAAAUGAAUAGUUAAUUGUCGGUUUACGGGAUCGCGUUGGCUACGAAUUGCUCUUAGAACAUAUUUUCCUUCGUCGGAUUGUAGCAAGUUAGACUUUCCGGCGAUCAGUUUUUUCACCAUAACAAAAAAAAAAUUAAUCAGGGAAAUUCCAUUACAGCCGGUAUGAAGUUUCCCAAAACAUGAUGGAAAAAAAUAAUUUUUAGAUUAGAGCAAAUUUUUCACGGAUUUUUCUAGAGUAAAACUGAUUUUUUUAUUUUUCAGAGAAUAUGUAGACCGGAUAUUUGACCGACGAAAGACCCGACAAGGCGAACGACUUCGACGCGCGAUGAUGCGUCGGCAAUGUACAUUUUCCUGA